AUGAGGAAGAGUAGGAGAGGCGCAGUUGUUUUAAGCGCAUGUCAAAUUCAAGCAACACGUCUUAAUAAACUUGAAUAUCGUCGUUUACAACGUAAUGUUACUUUAUUACAUGAUGAUUUAGAAUCACAUAUUGCUCGAAUACAUCGACAAGAACAAGGUUUAAGAUAUCAUUUUACAAAUGUUGUUCGAGUUAUUAAACCAAUUCGAGCAUAUCAAGCAUGGAAACAAGUACAUGCACAUGAAAUAGCACAAGAUGAAGCAAAAGAAUUAAUAGAAUCAAUUAAACUUAGACAAAAAAAAAUAAAACCCAUACUUCGUAAACAAACAACAUCAUCAUCAUCAUUAUCAAAUGAAAUUUCAUCUAAACCACUUCGUCCAUUACUUUUAUUAUUAGAAAAUGAACGUGAAAAACCUUCUGAUCCUGUUAUUAAUCUUAAUGAAAAUUUAUUUCGUCCAAAAACAUCACCAAUUAAUAAACAAUUAACUAGUUCACAUCGAAUUAAUCCAUUAUUAAAUAUGCUUGAUGGACGUCCAACUAGUUCAAAUAAUAUGAUACGACAACAAAUACAACAACAAUCAUUUGAUACAUCUUCAUUUUAUUCAUUUUCAUCAAUGGGAACAUCAAAUCCACGAAAAUUAAUUCAAGGCAAAUUUGUUACAACACAUAAAGAAUCUGAUCUUGAUGCUCUUUAUCGAAUGGCUUUACAAAAUCAAACAGCUUAUAAAUCUGUCGAACAGAAACGUAUUGAAGAACGCAAAUUAUAUGAUAAAGAAUUUGCUUCACAAUAUCGAGCUCUCAAGGGUAGCAUGCGAUCGGUUGGUUUUACUAAUAAAAUUAAUUAA